AUGUUCGCGGCCGAUCCGUCGUUCAAAAAACGCUCGAUCGCGACGUUGAACGCGGAAGCCGUCGCGCACUUGAAAGCCGGGGAUGACCUUCGAUGCGUCGCCGCGUUCGCGAAAGUGUUCCGAAAGACGCGCGACAACCACCUGACGCACAAGGACCUCGGGAUCUGCCACUCGAACCGCGCGGCGAGUUACCUCAACCUCGGUCUCUUCGAGGAGGCGCUCUGGGACGCGAGAAAGGCGCAGAUCCUCGCGGAGGAAAAAUUCCGUCGAGAACGCGGAGACCCGUCCUCGGACGCGCCGCGCGUGUACAUGAAAGCCUUCGCGCGCGUCGGGUUCGCGCACAUGGGGCUCAAAGAACCGCGCCUCGCGAAGAUCGCGUUCGAGAACGGCCUGAAGAUGGACAACGGCAACGUCGAACUCAAGCGUGGGCUCGAGGAAGCGUCCGACGCGAUACUGCGCGACCUCCUUCACGGCCGCGGCACGGAGACGCUCGCGCUGCCCGCGUCCACGCACGUCGGCGGAAAGAUCGGUAACCUCCCGCACGCGGCGCCGCUGCAUCACAUCCAUCCGCGGGAUAUGCUCCCGGUGAAGCUCCUGACGCCGUUCCAGGCGGAGAACGACUACCACCUCAAGGACACGUACAACUACAUGACCGUCCAGGCGGACAUCCGCCUCCCGAAGCGCCACUUCGCGUACCUCGAGGACGUCGCGCGAAGGACGAAGUACGCCGCCGCGGUGAAAGCCGCGGUCGCGAGGCUCCACGCGGACGCGAGAGACGUCCGCGUCUUGAACCUCGGCUGCGGCGCCGGUUUACUCGCGAUGGAGGCGCUGCGGGCGGGCGCGCACCACGUCGUCGCGACGGACCGGUGGCUCUACCACGCCACCGCGGCGAAGGAAAACCUUCUCAACAACGGCUUCAGCGACGAUCAGGUCAAGGUGGUGUACAAGCGGCCGACCGAUCUCGCGAUGCUCAGGGACGUCCCGAUCUCGUGUAACUUGAUCGUGAACGACAUCAUCGACGACGGGCUACUCGCCAGCGGGAUCAUCCCGGCGUUUCGACACGCGGUGAACAGUCUGUGCCUCCCGGACGCGAUCCUGCUUCCGUCGUCCGCGACGAUGUACGCGAUGCCGGUGGAAAUGCGCGUCGACGACGUGUGCGGCAUAGACGUCAGCGCGAUGAACCAGUACCGGUGGUCGCCGACGUACACGUCCGCGGUGGCGCCGGGGGAGAACGCGUGGAUCCCGCUCGCGCCGCCCGUGGAGGUGUGGACGUUUGACUUCCAAAACCCGCCCGAGGAGAGCGAGCAACGCAGGGUCGACCUCGCGUUCGAGCGCGAGGGGAAGUUCAACGCGGUGGUGUUUUGGUACACGCUGCAUUUGAUCGACGACAUCACGAUCACGACCGCGCCCGUGGGGUUCGGCCCGAACGAAGGCGGGUUCAACUUUACCAAUCGCCGCGGCUUCGACGACGACGACGACGGCGACGACGACGACGACGCGGACGACGCGCGCGCGCACACAGAACGCCGCCCGACGUCCAUGCACCCGAGCGCGCAGUACCUCCCCGGCGAAAUCAAAGUCGCCGAAGGCGACGUCGUCCCGCUGACGUGCGCGCACAACACCGUGGGCGUGCAAUUCCGAGUCGACGACGCGGAAUACAUCCACGUGCACAAAAACGACGCGAGCUUCCCGCAGUAUCACUUCGCGGCGUUGAAGGACACGCGACGAGCGGAGGCGUACGACGCCGCGAUCGCGAGGCAGAUCGCGAAGAUCAACGAGAGAGACCCGAGAAACGGCGCGCACGUGUUGGACGUCGGCGCGGGGAGCGGGCUGCUGUCCAUGAUGGCCGCGAGGGCGGGCGCGGAGAGCGUGCUCGCGUGCGAAUGGCACGGCGCGCUCGCGACGUGCGCGCGUCGAAACGUCGCCGCGAAUAAGAUGAGCUCGCAGGUCACCGUCGCGCACGCGGACGUCGCGAAGCUCUCGAGAGGGCACAAGGGCGCACGGCACGAGGGGUACAACAUGGUCGUCGUGGACAUGUUCGACGCCGGGCUCACGGGCGAGCACGUGAUGUGGAUGCUCGCCAACGCGCGUAAAAACGUGGUGACGCCCGAGCACGUCGUCGUGCCGGCCGCGGCGACGAUGUACUGCAUGGGCGUGGAGGCGUACACGUCCGAGGUGUGCGGGUUCGACAUGUCCGCGUUUAACAAGUACCGGUGGGACAAGACGUACGAGACCGUGAGGAUCGGGGACGUUCCGCAUCGGGCGCUGACCAAGCCUAAGAAGGCGUUUGAGUUUUUUUUCGACGGGUCGCAGACGCGCGGGAAAGGCCGCGAGUCCGUGCUCAGGAUGGAGACGAUCGCGAGCGGGUACAUGAACGCGAUCGUGGUCUGGUUCGACCUGCACAUGGACGAGCACGAGACGAUCACGACCGCGCCGUUCGGGAUCGGAAAAGGCGGCGCGCUGAUCGAAG